AUGCGAUUACUUUGGUUUUAUACACUUGCUUUAGUGUUGAUCUUUGCAUUUGCUUUUCAGCAAGUCAACGGUAGUUCCAAUAAAAAAAAAGAUGGUGGAAAAAAAGAAAUAAGUCCUCAACCUGCUGGUCCACCUGGUCGUUUACCACCAAAUCAGCCAACUGGUGGCCAUGAUAGCAGAUCUCCUUCCAAAAAUCCAUCAGUAUCACCUAAUCGUGAUAGUUCAAGUGGCCGUAGCUCAUCAUCAGGUCACAAGGAUGGAAAACAUAAACAUGGAAAAGGUGGUAAAGAUCAACACAAGAAGGAUGGCAAAGGUAAACAUAAGAAACAUCACGGUGGCAAAAAACAUCAAAAGAGUUAA